AUAUUUUUAGCUUUGCAAUCAAAACAUGAGCUAUAUAAUUCAAAACUUCAAACAAACUUUUAAGCUUCCUAUUCAAUAUUAUAGAGAAAGCUAUUAUAAAUAAAGCAAAUGCAUUGUUUUAACUGAUUCAACUGACUCUCCCUCUCUAAAUAUAGCAAUGUUCAACUUAUUCUAGUAGAAAUAAAAAUGAGGAAAGCACUUGUUUAGCUAGUCACUAUUUGACUCAUACUAAGCAACUUGACUAUGUCUAACAUCAAUAAAGUUAAUUUAUUUUCGUCUUAACCUGCUGUUUAAUUUUCAUUUAAGAAGUAGAUCUUAUUGCUAGUAAUUUGCUUAUUUUUAUACAAUAUGAUACUCUUGUACACUAUACCAACAAUUCUAAAUAACCAUACAUAGAAAGAUAUAACAAAUUAUCAUGGUAUUUCAGCAAUUUCUAUAAUAGUGAUGAUGUAUCAUUGUUACAUUAUUUUCACAUCAUUUGUGCUGAGACCAUAUACUACUACCUAACCAUGAGACAUUUUAUUAUAUGUCACUGAGCAGUAAUGAUUAGUAAAGUCUCAAAUGUUUAGGAUGAGAUUACUGAAAUACGAGAUAUACAUUAAAUCAAUACAAACAUCAAGCUUCAACUACCAAUUUUUGCAUAACUAUAGAUUUCAUACUAUUCUAUAUAUUAAAAAAGUUGUUAGUCUUUCAUACCUUUAGAUACGUAUAAUUAGUUACAUAUGAAUUGGAAGUUGAAGUUCUAAGAAACUUGUGUUAUAAACCGUACUACCCAAAGCCGUUCUUACAAUUUACACUUCUAAUACCAUCUGACUAAACUUACUAACAAACUAAAUAAUAUACUAUGAUUAAAAUGAAUAAGGAAACCUUCUCAUCCUCUGUGCAUGUAUGUUACUUCUCACAAAACAUUUUGUGUUCCAAGCGCAAUCUCUGUUGCCUAUAUUGAUGUUGUAAGUACUCUCGUUUUUUACGCAUCUUGGACUCUACGCUUCCUCUUUUCUAUAUUUCUUAUUCAUUUUAUUUAAACAAACAAACCUGCCUCAUGCCUAAACCUAAACAAAUAUAAAAUCAAGUAAGUAAAAGCAUAUGUAUUUACGAUACACCAUGGUAUGAUAAUUUACUUCCCUACCCCGCUUAAUACCCAAAUCACCCCAUAAAGCAGAAGUCCGCCUUUUAGACCAGUAUGUCACUAUAAUUUUGAGUCAGUUUCUGUAACCAACCCUUACAACCUAUCCUAUAUGAAUAGCGAGGACCCAUUUUGAUAGGGUGUACCUACCAUAAAAUAUUGUGAUAUACUUAAUUGUGUCUCCUUUUGUUGUAUGUAAUAUUUAUUAUUUCUUUAGUUAAAAACCAAUUUGAAACAAAAUUCACAAGCGUUGACAUAGAGAGAUAUAGGUGACAAAACAAUUAAUUUCCUGAUAAUAAUCGGUAGACUUCAAAAAUACUGACGUACUGGUUGUACUGCAUGUAGUGUUUUGUAGAUAUUGGUGUACAAAAUGUAGAUAUUUUAUGUACUAACAGCAUGACUCUGGUGAUUUGAUGGAAACAAGACAGCCUUUUUAACUGAGUACUGAAUAGUGUCAUCUGUGAGAAAUUUACUUGUUUUGUGACAAUAUUAUAUGGUAUUGCAGCUUCAAACUAUUAUGGAUAAUACCUCCUCUUUGGUUUGGAGUAGCGAUACCAAGCCUUAGCAUUGACUAUAUAUUUUUUAAGAAGUGGCUGUAAGAACAAGAUAAUAAACGUUGAAUCAAUACUCAAAGGCUGUCUUAUCAAUAACAGGCCUCAGGUAGGCAAUACAUUCAUGAUCUGUGUUCGGUUAUCACAAAAGUUUUUAUUGGAAACUUUAAACAUGCUGACAAUAUCUUUAAGAUCACGGUCGAUGGUAUUACAGAUCAAAAUAGUUGGACACAGAAUAAUACCUUCACUACCUUUCGUGAGGUACAACAUUUCAGGUAGAAUUGGUGCAAUUAUGUCAUGUCACUUAUUUACGAGUUACGUGGGCUUAGGAGAAGCUGUUCUGAUGUCUAGUCUAGUGAUAAUCCAGUCAUAACUUCGGACAUGUUUUCCAAUGUAUCCAAGCUAUCAAUAGUAUAGCUGCGACAGUUCAUCACUUGGUCUCUUUAGAAUCAGCCUUAGGUGUGCCCACGCAAAGUAUGGAUUUUGAAGCAAUGACAUAUCAUGCCCAAAAACUUAAGUCAGGCAUGUGAGUUCAUUUAAGGACCUAGCGUAGAUAUUUUAGCCUACUCCUAGGUUGAAACAACCUGCACUUGUCGACAGGACUGACAAUACGUUUAGCUACUACUUACAUUUGUAUGAUGGAGGUAACUGAUGUUCCAACGGGGGCACUUUGCGGGGUAGAAAAGGAGUCAUAUUUACACACAUUUUUACAAAUUUUACAAAAAUUAACCUUUCAAGUAUAUUUGGAUUCCACAUUACCAGUUCACUAAGAUAACAUACCUAGCUGAUCGUAGUCUAAGACACUUUUAUGACAAGGUUGACCUUCUGGCAUCGUGAAAGUAUUAUUCUAAUUUACCACAACUAUAGUCUUAUCAAAGCUUUAGUAGUAUGGAAAUAUGAUCCGAGCAUAUCAUGAAUGGCCACCUGAGACUUCCUAGUACCCAAAACCUUCGAUAUUAACCAGAUCUGUGCUAUAGGUUGAUCUCGAUGGCUUAUGGACAGAUCGGUAUGAUCCAAGCUGCUGCAGGAUUCUUCGUCUACUUCGUUAUCAUGGCUGAGAACGGGUUCUUGCCGAUGAAACUGUUCGGCAUCCGUAAGCAAUGGGACUCGAAAGCUGUUAAUGAUUUGACUGACUCGUACGGACAAGAAUGGACAUACCGCGACAGAAAGACCCUAGAAUACACACACACCGCAUUCUUCGUGUCCAUCGUAGUGGUGCAAUGGGCGGAUUUGAUCAUCUGUAAGACGCGUCGUAACUCUAUCGUCCACCAAGGUAUGCGCAACUGGGCGCUGAACUUUGGUUUGAUCUUUGAGACAGCUUUGGCGGCAUUCCUUUCAUACACGCCUGGUAUGGAUAAAGGGCUGCGCAUGUUCCCGCUCAAAUUCGUGUGGUGGCUUCCGGCCAUUCCAUUCGCUCUUGCGAUCUUCAUCUAUGAUGAAGUGAGGCGGUUCUACUUGCGUCGCUGCCCAGGAGGAUGGUUGGAACAGGAGACCUACUAUUAAGUUCUUACUAUAUCAAGUGUACUACUGCCACCAGUCGGGUGGACGAAGCCAUGGCUUCAUGGCUACAUCAGAAGCCAUGGUUGACGAGCCCCCAUCUCGUAGUGUUUUUUCGAUAGGGACACGCCUACAAACACGACAAAAUCUGAUAGAAGGAGUAGGUUUCUUUUUUUGUUUUAACUCGUUUUAAUGUAAGGUCGUUUACCAAAACACAAGUGGAAGCGUAGCAGGUUUGAGGUUGUGAUUUUCUUUGGUCCAUUAGUUAUAUUCAAAGAUCGAGCAAAGUGACAUAUUGGUUCCAUUUUGAAACUGGUAAAUAUGUAAAUCGGUAUUCCUUCCUGUCGUAUAUACCGACAGAUGUUUGUACUGCGAAUUAACUCGGUAUUCUUGGGUUGUUGCCUUCAGAUUGUCUUGAUAAGAAAGAUUCAUCAAGGUUAUUCAGCAUUGCGAUUACAGAACUGUUUUGGAACCUGGAUAUUUUGACAAUUUAUGAAACUAUAUCCUAUAACACCAUUGUUCCGGAAGCUACAAGAAAAUAUGGACAAAGUCAGUGUGAGUCAUUUUUAUUGAGUUUUCUACUCAUAUUCUAGUAUCUCAAAGCUGCAGUUUCCACAAAAUAGCCACUCAGAAAUCAAACAUUAUGAAAAAAAUACUCCUCCAUAAGCUUGACUUUGAUGUAUGCUAGUUUUCCAUCAUGGUUAUUUUUGUAAGCUUUACUUAUUUUAUAAGAAUUGAAAACAUUUUAUACACAUUUUAUUUGUGAAUAUUUCUUUUUUAUAUGCCGCUUGUCUUGGAAUGGAUGCCUCGAGUCUAUUGUGCUUGUUGGGAACACAUAACACGUGAAAUUUGACAACGAAUGCUAAUGAUGGAAAACAGUGUAUGCCAAAAACUAAGAAAAUUGUUUUUUUUU